CAUCAAUAUAACUUAUAAUUAAAGGAAGCCUGUUCUCUCUCCUCUUUCCGGUACGUACCCGCUUCCGGUUAAUUCCACGAUCUCCCUCCGCUUUCCGUCCCCGAGCGAUUAAGCGGUUGUGGUGGGCAGAGUGAGGUAGAGGGCAGCCCCAUGUCUAUUUCAGACUCCGAUUCCUCAUCCUAUGGCGCUGACUGCAAAAGUUUCAAACAAAUUAGCCGUGAGAGAUUAUUACAUGAGAUGCUGAGGGCGGCAAAAACAGGAGAUUCAAAGUCUACUUGGAAGGUACUUAUAAUGGAUAAACUUACUGUUAAGAUCAUGUCUCACUCAUGCAAGAUGGCUGAUAUCACAGAUGAAGGUGUAUCAUUGGUUGAAGACAUAUACAAGCGGAGGCAGCCAUUGCCCACUAUGGAUGCUAUAUACUUCAUCCAGCCAACCAGAGAGAAUGUUAUUAUGUUUUUGUCAGACAUGUCUGGAAGGACACCCUUGUAUAGGAAGGCAUUUGUUUUCUUCAGUUCACCUGUGUCUAAAGAAUUAGUCCAGGAUAUUAAGAAAGAUACGAAGGUGUUACCUCGCAUAGGUGCACUAAGAGAGAUGAAUUUGGAGUACUUUGCCAUAGACAGUCAGGGAUUCAUCACAAACAAUGAGAGAGCUUUAGAAGAAUUAUUUGGGGAUGAAGAGAAUAAUCGCAAAGCUGUUGCUUGUUUGAAUGUGAUGGCUACUCGGAUUGCUACUGUUUUUGCAUCGUUACAGGAAUUUCCUUUGGUUCGCUAUCGUGCUGCAAGGACACUUGAUGCAACCACAAUGACUACUUUCCGUGAUCUAAUUCCUACAAAGCUUGCUGCUGGAGUCUGGGACUGUCUUAUGAAAUAUAAAAAAACUAUACCUAACUUUCCUCAAAUGGAAACAUGUGAAUUGCUUAUCCUUGACAGAUCUAUUGAUCAGAUUGCACCUGUUAUACAUGAAUGGACAUAUGAUGCGAUGUGCCAUGACUUGCUGAAUAUGGAAGGAAACAAAUAUGUUCAUGAGGUUCCCAGCAAGACUGGUGGUCAACCUGAGAGAAAAGAGGUUCUUUUGGAGGACCAUGAUCCUAUAUGGCUUGAGCUUCGCCAUGCACAUAUUGCAGAUGCUAGUGAGCGGUUGCAUGAAAAGAUGACCAGCUUCAUUUCAAAGAAUAAGGCUGCUUCAAUUCAACAUGGUUCAAGAGAUGGUGGUGAAAUGUCAACAAAGGACUUACAAAAGAUGGUCCAAGCGCUUCCACAAUAUAGUGAACAAAUUGACAAACUCUCCCUUCAUGUAGAGAUUGCUGGGAAGAUUAACAGAACCAUUAGGGAGAUGGGACUACGGGAACUUGGACAGCUGGAGCAAGAUCUCGUUUUUGGAGAUGCAGGAAUGAAAGAUGUGAUCAAAUUUUUAACAGCAAAAGAAGAUAUGACUCAUGAAAGUAAGUUGCGGUUGUUGAUGAUCCUUGCAGCCAUUUAUCCGGAGAAAUUUGAGGGUGAAAAGGGUGAAAAUUUGAUGAAGGUAGCAAGGUUGAAAAGUGAGGAUAUGAGAGCUGUGCAUAACUUGAGAAUGCUAGGGGGACAACCAGAUACCAAAAAAAGUGUGACUGGUGCCUUUGCUCUCAAGUUUGAUAUGCAAAAGAAGAAGCGUGCGGCAAGAAAAGACCGUUCUGGUGAAGAAGAGAAAUGGCAGUUGUCUCGCUUUUAUCCCAUAAUAGAGGAAAUUAUUGAAAAACUCAGCAAAAGUGACUUGUCAAAGGAAGAAUAUCCGUGUUUGAAUGACCCAAGUCCGUCUUUUCAUAGUUCACCUUUUGUGGGGUCAGCGAACCAUAAUCCACCGGCUCAUUCAAUGAGAUCAAGGCGCACGCCAACUUGGGCUAGACCUCGAGGCUCUGACGAUGGAUAUUCAAGUGAUUCGGUGCUUAGACAUACAUCCAGUGACUUUAAGAAGAUGGGGCAACGCAUUUUUGUUUUUAUUGUCGGUGGAGCUACUAGAUCUGAGCUUAGGGUUUGCCACAAGCUGACUGGUAAGCUGAAGAGGGAAGUUAUUCUGGGUUCAUCAAGUCUUGAUGAUCCUGCACAAUUUAUUACGAAGCUGAAGAUGCUAACGAGCCAUGAGUUAUCGUUGGAAGAUCUCGAGAUAUGAAACUUGAUGAGCUUCUUCCUGCCAAAUUUAUUUGUGUGAUCACUGAACAAUCAGUUGAAGCAUCUUCAUAUAACAAUUCUUUGUUAACAUUUGGCAUGUUCAUCAAAUCAGACUCUGCAUAUGCUAGGGAUUUUUUGUUGAUUAGGGAUCCCGUUCGCCUAAUUCUUUUCUCUUUAGGGAAAUGAUCCGCUCUGAUCCAGAAACUAAUAGAAGCAUGUCUGUAUUUGUAUCAAACCAUACAGAAAAAUGUAACAAUAGUUUUGCUA